UUAGCUUCAAAAAUCUCUCUAGGCACAGCAUUCAUUAAAAAAAAAAACAUCCUCCUUGCGUAUUCACACGUGUGCAAGAUGCGUGGGGUAUCUGAACGCAUUUCAGCUCCCACGUGUUUCAAGGUCAAAGGGGUCGCUCUGAAUCCCGGGAAAGAAUCCGUCGCGGAUGUGAAGUCCAGAUGAAUGACUGGUGUUCGUGUUAGGGUGUCAUUUUGAUUGCUCUGAUUUCGAGCGGGGUGAGAGGGUGUGUGCUAGUUAACGGGGUUAUAACACUUCUGUCACAUACGGUUCGUGAGAGAAACGCUGUUUUAGCGACGACGGAUUCAGUUCGUGAAGGUGAACCAUGGCAACCUUUUGACGUCUCGCGGGUCGCCGCGGUCCCUAUUGUGACAGCCGCUGCGCGUCGCGCCUGCAAGCCAAUAAAAGACCCCCCCCUCUCUCUCGCGCCGGCAAGGUGUCCGUUUUGAAUUCCGGCCGUUCCAGCCGCUGUCUGUCAACGGAAAGGGACUAAGGAGCGACGUUGAGAUCACAAUUAAACCCAGCCGGAGGCCCGCAAUGGACACACGCCCAGGACCCGGGGCAAAACCAGCAGCGUCACCCGCCACAAGGAGUGAAAAUCGCUUCAGAAAGGAAAACAAAAGCCAGGCGCGCCAGAGCCGCUCCGGCUGCCCCGGAAAACCCCAAAGUGACGAGUCCGGCCGGAAAGAGGAGCAAGUUAAGACCGAGGCAGGCGGGCCCUGUGAAUUACGUGUCCAAACGGUCCCCAGGCGGGAAGAUAUACCGGUCAUUUUUAAAGCGGAGAGGUCCUCGAGUGGGAAAACCGUGGUGGGAGUGGCGGUGAAAGAGAAAAGGAGGAGAAGUGCAAACGGGGACGAUGGAGGAGUGAAAACCGAGGAGGGCCGAGUGGCGGAAGGCGUGGGUCACCCCCACGCUGGGCCGACUCCCAGCGGCCUGAAAGGAGAGAAGAGCGACGGGGCUUUCGCGACGCCUCGACCGCUCCCGCCCGAGGACACGGAACGGGUCCCGCCCAGCGGCGCGGCGGCGGCGGGGCGGGGAGGAGGCGCGGCCCCGGCGGUCCUGCACCACAGCUUCCCGACGGCCUUCCUGACCGCCGAGCCCAUCCGGCUGAGCAGAGUGCCCUUCCCCGCUCUGCCCAUCGCGCUGCAGCCGCUGGCGCACACCUCCGUGAAGGUGGAGACCAGAAACGUGCCGCUCACCCUCCCGCCGUCGGAGUCAGGGGAUUUUCAGAUUCCUUGCUGUAAGGAGCGAAACGGACACAUCAAGCGCCCCAUGAAUGCCUUCAUGGUGUGGGCCAGGAUUCACAGACCUGCUCUGGCCAAAGCCAACCCCACCGCUAACAACGCGGACAUCAGCGUGCAGCUGGGAGUGGAGUGGAACCGGCUGUCCGAGGAGCAGAAGAAGCCUUACUACGAUGCGGCGCAGAGGAUCAAAGACAAGCACCGAGAGGAAUUCCCUGGAAAUAGUCAGCAUUCUGUUAUUCAGGCAACAGUCAGCACUGCUCAGGAUUCAGCCCCAGUAACUGUGUUUCAGCCAGCUAGUCCAGUUCAGGUGAUCCUUCCAACUGCCUGCCUCCCGUCUUGCCAACCAGUGCCAGCCUCAUCUACUGUCCUGCCAGUAAAGACUGAAGCCAGCCGUAGUGUAGCCAUGCCAGCUCCCCUGCGCAGCCUGCCUGAGCUCAAGUUUCCUCUUGUGCCUGGGGAUAUUGUGCGUGAAAGCCCCGAGACAAAACGCAGCACCCAACCUCAGUGCAGCGCUGCUCCUGAGCUGCCCAAAUCCAAAGAGAUCCCCCAUGCCAACAUGCCAGUCUGCUCCAGAGACUCCCAGCUAGGCGUUCCAGUCCUCCACCACCCUCCCAUCUUCCCCCCUCGCCCCCUGGCACACCCAGCCGCUCUCUUUCCUGCCCCGCCAUUCCCCUACCCUCCUCCAUUCUUUCUACCAGGACCACACUUCUUCGCACCCAGCCCUUGUCCUUACAACCGCACUCCAUUCAACUACACUGAGUACCCCAACCCCAUGGCAGACUUUUUCGGCUACUAUGAGGAGCACUAUCAGAAGCACGAGGCCAUGUUUUCUGCUUUGAACCGUGACUAUCCCUUCAGAGCUGGCGUGGAGGCCGGAGGGCCCAGGGCAGGCCCCCGGCCUGGACAGGCCUGUCCCUCCAGCCACAGCUCGGAGGAGUACCUCGGCCUGGGGCCGGCGCUGGACAUCGGCGUCUUCAGCGCCCCCCUGCCACAGCCCCCCCGCCUGCAGAGAGUCAAUGUCACGGACUCGGACGACGAAGAGGAGGAGGGCGAGGAGCGAGUGCUGAGGGUUUUAUAACUGGACUGUAGAGGACCGUUUCACAGCAAGGCUGUGGGCUGGAUAACAUACUGGAAUAGAAACACUUCAAAUUUUCCCAUUUUAUAUUGCAUGUUGCUCAUGGUCUGAAUCAUAGUUUUUUUUUUUAAGAAAAAGAGCAGCAUGAUUCUUUUAACUGUCAUUUCUGUUUUAGGAUUGUCUUGUAAUCUGAGACUCCAAAGAUUUUGUUCUCAUGCUUACCCAGCUGUAAUGGAAUACUUCCAUGUAUGUUCCGGUCACAUUACUAGAGAUAAUAUACUGUGUAUAAAAUCAAUGUGGGUGUUUUGAAAGGAAUUUACUUCAAUUGCUCCAUGUCAAAAGUAUGCCCCAUUUCACUCUCCAAUAAAUUUGCUAUUGAGAAGCUUUU